GCGCAGGUUGCUAUGACUGCGAAGUAAAUUUUAGAAGGCAAGAGAGGGAGUCCAUUUUGCACUUUUCGAAGCAUCAAAACAUUGCCAUUUUCGUUAGAAAUUGUGGAUUUUCGAUAACAAAUGCAGUUAAUGUAAUUAACUAAGUUGCCCAAGAUGUCGAUGACUCAAACGAUUCGGAAAGGGCAGGCGAAUCCGUCCCGUACUCAUGAUUAUUUAUAUGAUCCUCUGUUUAGCCUAUCCAGUGACAGAGACCAUGCAAGGGCAACAUUUAAAGCCCAUACCAGCACGGACAGGGUUCGAAGGGUACCUGAACACAACACCAUGUUCAGUGCUCUACGGCAUUUCCCAAGAUUCAGUAUGAGACUGGAUGCAACUGACCCUGUUCCUAAAUUCAUAUCUCGUCAAUGGAGAGGAUAUGGUGAUCAAGCCAGAGAAGCUCUUGUUAGAUACACCACGUUCAACUAUGACCCAAAUGUUCAAGUUCCUCAAGAACAAUUUUCUGAUGCCCAAGUAGCUGGUCAAAAUAGGUACAAAUAUUUCAGACGACCAAUUAUUCCAUUUUUACAACAAGUACCUCCUGAAGUUGUCCUGCAAACCACAAAAGUUGAUCCUCUAUCUGCACCCGAUGAAGCUAUGGCACGUCCACCGACACCACUGACAAGAACCGUAGAAAUACAGACAGAUUACAGAGAUAGUGAAGCACAGACAGAUCCAUAUACUCCGGAAUACGUAGUAAGACCUGGGUCUCAGCCUGAGUUGCUUACACUUGCUACGCUGUCACAUGGACAUGGUUUACCAGCUGGGUUAGCUGAAGUGGAGAUGAUUGAAAGGGCUAGAGCUAAGAGAGCAUGGGAAGCAACAUUACCAGCCUUAAGUGAUACAAAUCAGUUGGAUAAACGCAGAAAAAUGAUGGAUGAGAUGGAACGAAAAGAAUGGGAAUUACGAGAACAAGAGAUUGAAAAAUUACAAGAAGCUAGACUAGAAGUCUUGAUGCAAAUCUUGAAAGAAAGAGAAGAAAACCACCAAGAAUUGAACGCUAAGAGACUGGACAAAUUAUGGUCCAAAAAACAACAAGAAAGAGAAGACAGGGUGAAAAGAAUUCGUAAUGAACAUAUCAAAACUAUUCGUAAACUGACUGAAACACGGCGUAAAGUAGAAGGAAAGUUGGAACGGCGAAAUAUUACUCAGAAUUAUUCUAACUUUGGAAGUCAAGUGUAUGCACCAAUGACAAGGUUAGGUGUCUUUCUAGACAGAGGAUCAGAACAGUUUCUUGUCAAGAGUAAAUACCUCAGUACAUACCAAGGACUAAUGGAGCUGGAGAACUCGCUGCCAGACUACGUCACCCAACCCAGGAUACAAGCACCUAAACCCAAAAGUGCUGGAAAAAGUGGAUUUGUAAAGCGUGCACAGCGUAGAGGAAAAGAGCUAACUGAAAUCCACAGUGUUAUAAAGGAUGCCAGAACGAAAGCCUUAGAACCACCCAAACCACUACGAUUUCUACAAAAGAUUGAGAAGCCGGUACCCAGACCACCAACACCAUCGGUUGAAGUUCCAGAUCAAAUGGAAGAAGAGAGAGAAUUGUCUAUUAUUCUUUUACAGCAAGUUAUUCGUGGUAGAGCAAUACAAAAUAUGAUGUUUGAAGGUAAAGAGAAGCGUUUAGAAUUAAUACGAGAAUUGAGAAGUACGCAUGCCUUGCAAAAUGCUGAACAGCAGAUGAAGAAACAAGAUAAACAAGCUACACUAAAUCUACAGAGACAGAGAAGAUUGCAUGAGCAUAAGGAAUCCUAUGUUGAGGAAGCAAUGGCUCAACUGGAAGGAGCUGCCAAUGGUGACAUGUUGGAUUUCCUUAGCAAGGAGCUCAUCCGGUUACAGGAAGAACGUCGUAUCCAUGCAUUCUCCAUGCUGGCUGAAAGGAAAAGACGUAUCCGUGAAGCAGAGGAAUCUGGAAGAAGGCAACUUGAGGAACGAAGAAGGAGGGAAGAGGAUGAAAUCUUCAAACAGGUGGUCAAGGUUCAUCAGAAUUCUGUGGACACCUAUUUAGAAGAUAUCAUUUUACAGGCUGUGGAUUUCACAGCUGAUGAGCAAGCCAGAGGUGAAAUACAAGCACAGGCUGAAAAGAUUAAUGAUAUUGCAUAUGAUAUGGAAGAUAGGCGUACUAAACUUGAAUCUGAAGAAAUAGUAUCUGAAUUAGUCCAUGGCUUCUUGAUACCAGAAGUACGGAAACAGACGAUAAAAGAGAAAGUAAAACGUCAACAACGUAAACAUCUGCUUGCUGCACACAAGAUAAUCCAUGAUGAAGGAGAAGGAACCAUGGAGAUGCAUCCCAAGCCAGCAACACCAGUACCAACUAAAGAACAAACACCUCCUUCAACACCAGUAGCAGAAUCAAGACCAACAUCGUCAAGAUCAAAAUCUGCAGCAUCCCGUCUUACAUCUGGUGCUUCUAAAGCCAGUUCCAGAAAGGCUUCAGCACAAGGCGAUGCUGAACCAGAUGCUCAAGGAUCAAGACCAGGAUCUAAAUCAGCAUCUCAUGCAAGUUCUAAACCAGCAUCACAAGCAGGAUCCAGACCUGGUUCAAGUGGAUCCAGAAAGAGUGAUAGAGGAACACCAGUGACAUCUAAGCCUGCAUCCCGUAGGAGUUCUGCUGCUUCUGUUAAGAGUGACAGAGCUGGAUCUCCUAAGGUUGACAAACCAUCAUCAGUUGCAAAAGAAUCACCAAGAGCUUCUCCAGCAAAAGAUGAACCUGAAAAACCUGCAUCACCGGUAAAAGAAAAGACACCAGAACUAGCUGUUGAAAGUGAGAAAGCAGAAACUACUGAAGAACCAGAAGAUAAAACUGGAGAAGUGAUGUUGCCAACUGAAGAAGCUACAGAAGAAAAGGCAGACACUGAAAAACUCAGUUCUCGAUCAGGAAGUGCUAAAACAGAAGAUACAGGAACACAAGAUUAA